CAAUGAGAAGUCUGUGUUUGGGCUUUUUGUCGUCAAAAUAGACUCAAUUUAAUUUUUCUAUUUAACAUCAUCUCAAUUGCAAUACUUAAAUAUAAAACUUAAGAGAGACAGAGUCAUUGUCAGAAAUUCCGCCAGUUGUUGGAUAGUUUUAUAUAUAUAUAUAUUCUCUAUGGUAAAAGUCGGCAGCCCGGGACCCUCGACAUUAGGUCCCAGUCGGAAGGUUUCGGAGUACAAACCAAAGACUUAUAAGUCGGACACCGGUACCCACACAUACACGGGAUACAAGUCGCAACACAAUGAUAUGGUCAGAAAUAACGAACAGUACAAGUACCAUCCACCGGCCGACCAGAAACCCAAAGAGUACAAGUAUGAAUACAAGUCCUACAAGCCCACGUUUAUAGGGAUCUACGGCGAAAAACAGAGAGAACGCACACUGAGACCCCCACCCACUCCCCCGGAGCCCAGGCCAAAGAAAAGAAUCCCAAGAACAACGUACACGUGCUACUCAGUGCCCAAGGGGCCGGAUAUAAAGACAGGCGAUAUGGGACCGGAAUACAAGGUCCGUAAAUAUCAAUACGAGGCUUAUAAUAACACGGUGUAUGAGUCUCGUGGGUACAACUCUGACCCCCUACAGGGGAGAGAUAACCGUACGGAUACGAAUAUGGAUUAUAACCCGACCUCACAGAAGUACGAAUUGACGAAAGAUAAUUAUGCGGGAUAUAGGCACUUCCACUUUGGUGAAAUUAAUGAUCCCAUCUCGACGAAGGGAGACAACGAGUCAAAAUAUCAACCUGAAGAAAAACCAAAGAGAGAAGAAAAACCCAAGACAGAAGAAAAGAAGAAGCCAGUUGAAUCUAAGCCAACCAAAGCGGUGGCUGCUGUGGUUCCCUUAAAAGCCGGACCAAGGACGUAUGCUACGACCGGAACGCAGAUGCAGCUUUCCGGUUCCAAGACCGGUUCCACACAGACUCAAUCUGUGAACAAGAAGUCAGCUCAGACGCAGUCAGAAUCCGCUAAAACGCGGGUUUUCGGUACUCAAUAUGAGGGACGACCUACGAAGGCGGUGGCCAUACAGACAAACACGCCGUCCCCACACCCUCAUGCCGUGCCGCUUGUGAUGGCGGCGCCGAUGUCCGCGAAGAAAGUAAAAACGCGUUCCGAAGGCGUGCAAGCGUCUGAGACACCCGUUAAGACAAGCGUCCAAGGAACUCAAUACGAUAAGCCCAGCCAGAGAAUGGUUAACACGCAGACAUCGCCGAUAAUAUUCGCUCCGGCUACCACGGCGUAUAGCCGCCACCCGACGCCAGACUACGGACGCGUACACCGGGAAUCACCAGUCAGCCGUCCACCGCCUAGAAGAACGCCAUCACCAGAAAUAGCUCCUUUCGUGGUGGCAGCGGCAGCCUAUAGACGGUCUCCGUCUCCUAAAUAUAAAAACAGAACACCAUCACCAAAAGCCAACCGUAAACAGCCAAGUCCAACCCCAGUUAAAUCGAACGCCGACUCGCGUUGGACACCUUCACCGGAAAUGAUUAUAGUUGCUCCAGUGACGGCCGCAGCGAGAACGUCUAAAUCGAAGACGCCAGUUCAGAGUAAACCCAAACAAAGAACACCAACUCCUAAGCAGCCGACGCCAUCUCCAAGACAAAGGACACCGUCGCCGUCCAUUAUACCAGCAGUAGUUCCAAUUGUCGCGGCGCCUGCCCGGAAACAGCCGAGCCCAUAUAAAGAGGAGCGCACACCAACGUUCGCAAAACCUCAAACGCCCCCGAGAGAGAACACUCCGCCGAUUCGAACUUCCCCAAAGAAUGAUACUCAGCCCCAUGCAAGCAGUGGUUUUCCUUACCAGCCGAAUAAAUCCCGACUUCCGCCGGAAAUAAACUCCUGCAUUGAGGCUUACGAUUCCGCACAUGGCCCACAAGUGAAUGGGGCCCUGCCAACCAUUCAGCGGUCAAUGGCAUUGACUUAGAACAUCAGCUGUCGAUGACCUUCACCUAAACUUUGGCAGGCAAACGAAAUACUUGAUUGAGUUUUCCAACUUCAGACGUCGAACUAUAUAGAAUUUUUCCUGCAAAUGAUUUUCCAUAUAAGAAUAUAUAUUUGCAGUGUAACACGUCAAGCAAAACUGUUUCACUGAGUCUUGUUACUAUUUGCUAGUAUGACCAAGGUUUCGUGUAUAUAGGAAAUGAUUUAAGUGUUUAACGUAAUACGGCUUUGAGCAUCCGAGGACGGGCUUUGAGUAAUUCCACCUGUAUCACCAUUAGCUGCUGCUAAUUUGUUUGUUUUUUCGUUUAAAAAUAGUCUUAGAAUUACAGGGGCAUUAACCAUUGCUAUAGAGCGAUACAACUAUUAUGUACAUUGUAUCAUGCUGUUUAGUUUCAAAACGGACAUGUAUCCAAGUAUUUCAUAUUGCCGAUGCAUCUCUGUCAUUCUCUGGUGACCCUUUAUUAAUAACUAUUUCAUAGUAAUGACCUUGGCAUUAAUAUGCAUAUUUUGCAAUGAAACAUUUUUGUUUGUUUUAUUCUAUGUUUGACAAAAAUACGCUGGCGUAUUUAAACUACGUGCAUGUGAGAGAUAUUGGGUGUUAAAAUGAAUUUACCCACACAAGUGGUAUUUUGAAAAAAGGGCGCUUAAAAUAUUUGAAUAUUUGCCAUGGGUCAAUCUGGCAGAUCUUCAUGGUAGGCAUGGUAGCAAAGAGCAGAUAACUCAAAUAACCUUUUGGCAGGUUUGGCACUUUAGCAUCAGACCAGUGCGGCCGGUUUUCAUUCAGCAUCUUAAGUAAUUUCCAUAACUUAAAGCUGCACUCUCACAGAUUGAACGUUUUGACAACUUUACAUAUUUCUAUCCCAAAAUUGAUGUUUUAUGCAUUUUUCUUAAACCGUUAGUAACGGUUUAAGCCAUAAAACAUUAAAUUUGGAAUGAAAACAUGAAGAUCUGCGAUCUGAUCUUUUGUCAGCAGUCUUUCAUCACUGGUUAGCAGAUAUUUACGCAAAAACUUUCUUAUUCCAAGACAAAAAAAAAAAAAAGUUGGAAAACCGGUAAAUCUGUGAGAGUGCAGCUUUUUAAGACACGUUGCUUAUACAUGAAUAUGUAUCUCAUCGGACACAUGAUAUAGUCACUUAAAAAAAUCUGAAAUACUUUAUUUUCCUUAACUUUAUUGUAAAUACAUGUACAUCUUUAUAUUUAGAAAACGCGUAUAUAUUUCUUUUAAUUCGACUCUUAGAAUAUUUAGAAAGUCGAUUUAGCUAGGAAAUGACAUAAGAUGCUUCAUGAUUACAGGCCCUGUAGACCUCUCAUGCGAUACUUUAUCUUGAUUAUGCAGACUCAUGUUUAUCGUCGAAUUGAAAUAAAUGUUGAGUCAG